AUGUCGGCCCCGCCGCGCCACCCCCACUUCUACACCGUUGAGGUCGGCGACACACGCUUCACCAUCCUCAAGCGUUACCAGAACCUGAAACCCAUUGGAUCCGGAGCACAGGGCAUAGUAUGUGCCGCAUACGAUACAGUGACACAACAGAACGUUGCCAUCAAGAAGUUGUCGCGGCCUUUCCAGAAUGUGACGCACGCGAAGCGGGCUUACCGCGAGUUUAAGCUUAUGAAACUCGUCAAUCAUAAAAAUAUUAUUGGUCUUUUAAAUGCAUUUACGCCUCAGAAGAGCCUGGAGGAGUUCCAGGACGUUUACCUGGUGAUGGAGCUAAUGGACGCAAACCUGUGCCAGGUUAUCCAGAUGGACUUGGACCAUGAGAGGAUGAGCUAUUUACUGUAUCAGAUGCUUUGCGGUAUCAAGCACUUGCAUCUUGCCGGAAUUAUACACAGGGACUUGAAGCCGUCCAACAUAGUGGUGAAGAGCGACUGUACGCUGAAAAUCUUAGACUUUGGACUGGCGCGCACCGCCGGCACCACGUUCAUGAUGACCCCCUACGUCGUCACCAGAUACUACCGCGCCCCUGAGGUGAUCCUGGGUAUGGGCUACACAGAGAACGUGGACAUCUGGUCGGUGGGCUGCAUCAUGGGUGAGAUGAUCCGCGGAGGGGUGCUGUUCCCCGGAACUGAUCACAUCGACCAGUGGAACAAGAUCAUCGAGCAACUGGGCACGCCGUCGGCGGCGUUCAUGGCGCGGCUGCAGCCCACGGUGCGCAACUACGUGGAGAACCGGCCGCGCUACGCCGGCUACAGCUUCGAGCGCCUCUUCCCCGACAUACUCUUCCCCAGCGACAGCAACGAGCACAACCGCCUCAAGGCGUCUCAGGCCCGCGACCUGUUGUCCCGGAUGCUCGUGAUCGACCCGGAGCGCCGCAUCUCCGUGGACGAGGCGCUGCUGCAUCCCUACAUCAACGUGUGGUACGACGAGGGGGAGGUCAAUGCGCCGGCGCCGGCGUCGUACGACCACUCGGUGGACGAGCGCGAGCACACGGUGGAGCAGUGGAAGCAGCUCAUCUACCAGGAGGUGGUGGAGUACGCCGCGCCGCCGCCCCACCAGCCGCACCAGCCCCCGCCCGACUGCGCGCAGCCCGCGCUCACCACAUAG